AUGAAUCAAUUAUCUAUCCCGACUCAACCGCCUUCAAACUUCCCGGCAUUCACCCCAGAAGAGCUGUCCAGCAGACGAGAAUAUUAUCCUUCUAUUGCCGAUAGCAUCAAAAGUAGACCUUUUUGGGGUCUACCCAUUUUCCGUCUGAGCUAUGGCGAUGAUGGGCUCUGGAAUGCAUAUAUGCAGACUCUUUACGGGGAAGCGCGCGAAAGUUUGCGCCAGGCCAAUCAAGAAUAUCUGUUUCCCUACUUCUUUUGCCCUGUCUUCUCAGAUCCCUCUCUCCAAGGUUCUUCUCACGACACGAUCCGUGAAAGAUUCACCCAAUGGGUCGUGGACUCCCGCGAUCCCCGAGGCACGCCAGUUCGAUCGGACACAGGCUUUAGCAGUGGCGCCCAGGAAUCUGCCUGUCUUGUCGUGGAUGACGACUGUUUAAAGAAAUUCAAUGAGCUCCAACAUGACGAGGAAAACAGGGAGACUGCGCCUAUUGUCGUUCUAACUAGAAAAUGGGAUGUUGAGAUGUACAGAGGUUGGCAUAGAGCGGAAUACACCGAUGGUGUGACCCACAAGCUGAAUGCGGAGGAGCAUAAUGCCGAAUCUGAAGAUCCAGAGGACCGAUACUACCCGAAGGAUGAAGAUUAUAUCCUCUUCGAUGAGGUUGAUGGACUUAGAGUUCCUGUCUUGGGAUGGAUGUGGGCGGAGAUUGGGUCAAUCGCAAGUUUGUACCAGGAUCUCUCACAGCAUGGAGAUCAACGAGAAUCAUGGUACAAAGCCUAUGCGCGUCCACCUAGAGUGUUCCCUGACGAAGAGGAUGGGCAUUGGAAACUGUAA